AUGCGUUGGCCCAAAGGAGUCACAAAGGGAAGUGUCAUUGUUGGUGGAAACGGCGGAGGAGGACAAUCGAACCAGCUCACUGAAUAUGAUUUCAAACUACCUCAAUAUCUAGAUCAUUGUAAAAAGCAUAAACAAGCUAAAUUAUCAACAGAGUAUAAUUUUAGUGAAUUAGCUGAAGCAUUAUUUGAAUCAGCUCAUUACCGUGAUUACGUCGAAUAUGAUAAAACAAAAGUGUUACGUCCAAUUGCAGCGUCUUUAUCUGCGAAUUUGAGUGAUAAAGUUACCGAGAUAUUUCUGACGAGUAAUAAACGUAUCAGAAAAUCAAAUCAACAAACAGCUUCAUCAUCUUUAAACGAAGUUAAUUUAAUUAUAUUGUUUCUUUGUGAAAGAUUACAGUUUAUAUCAUAA